GUAUUUUCUCAUUUAUCAAAAAGUUUCCGAAUUUUUACAUUCAAGCUGAAAACUCUUUCGUAGCCAUUGGAUGAACGUAAACAAAUUUUAUAGCCGUUGAUAUGUGAACGCGUGUAAUAAAACUUGAACUGAUUUUCUAUAAAUAAAAGUUUCAGCGGGAAAGUCAGAGGUGGAUCUGCUGGGAAAAUCGAGACCGCCGUUGUUAUCCAUGACGGAGAUCCCAAAUUAGUAACUCUAACUGUUCCACCUCCCUCUUUCUCGAUUUUCUUUUCUUCUCCUCUUUUCCUUUGCUCCCCUGAAAUCGAUCCGAAAGCCGCGUAGAAGUUUUCUCCGAUCAGAUGGAUUCUCGGGGUUCAUCCGAGCAGGAGGAUGAACGGAUCGUCCAAGUUAGACAAGCUCUCAUGUGUCCCGAUGGCGGAAGAUUUGAAGGUCUUCGAACGGCGCGGUUCCUUAAUUACACCACCACCUCCAUAGACGACGACGUUUUCGAGCUUCCGCCUGAUGCGUUCGUGUCUCCGCCAGAGACGUUAGACCCAGAGAAAUUACCCGUGAAAUUAUCGUUUUCCGGCUGGGGUUCGCCGUCGGUGAAUUGGAUCGAGUGGGUAAACGCGAUGGCGGAGUCCAACGCGGCGGUGUGGCGGAAAUCUGGCGUCUAUGACGCGAUCAUGGCGUCGCGGUACCAGAUUAUGAAGCAGGACGACCUGAUGGUGGCGUUGGUGGAGAGAUGGUGCAUCGAGACUAACUCAUUCGUGUUCCCUUGGGGUGAAGGGACGGUGACGCUAGAGGAUAUGGUCGUUCUCGGCGGAUUCUCGGCCAUCGGGAACAACGUUCUGGGUUCGAUCAAACGGGAAUCGAUGAAGUCGGUGGAGGAGAAACUGAAGAGAGCGAAACGCGAAAUGGAGGCGAGUUCGAUGAACAAAUGUUGCGUUAGUAUGUGGAUGAGGGAGAUGAUGAACUCUGGGAAUGAAAUUGAGCACGAGGCGUUCAUGGUUUCAUGGCUCUCCCGUUUCGUCUUCCCCAAUUCAGCUGAUCUCGUUAAGGAUAAGCUCUUUCCAGCUGCGGUUCAGCUCGCUAGAGGCGUUAGGCUUGCUUUGGCUCCAGCCGUUCUUGCCGGUAUUUACAGCAAUCUCGGUGUCUUGAAGAAGCAGCUCGUCGGCUCCGGAGAGGAAGAGAAGCUGGUGACGGCUACAUCUCCGUUUCAGUUUGUGCAGGUGUGGGCUUGGGAGAGGAUCAUUGAGCUGCGGCCACCUGGCCAGCCUACCCAGUUAAAGCCUUACGAGCCAAGAAUGGCACUAUGGCACCAGCACGGUAGUAACCAGGAGGCGCACCAGAGCCACGAGAGUAUCAGAGUGGUUCUAGACUCGGCCAAGGAGAGUUUCGAUCACCGUCCAUAUACCAAACCUCUGAAAAACUUCAAAUUCCCAAAGUUCUACUUAGAAGAUGACUGUUGGGUGUCUCUAGAGGAUGAAGACAUUGUAGCAUUUGGUCGGUGUUUGAGGUGCUCUAAGCUGGUGGGUUUGAACUGCAUUGAACCCUAUUAUCCUCACCGUGUGGCAUUGCAGUUUGGUUAUGAUCAGGAUGUUCCUGGAGUAGUCCCGGUGGUGCUAACUGAGACGCCGGAAUUGGCGUGGAAGGAUUACAUCCGACCGAUUUCAGAUGAAAUGAUGUACAUUCCUUCUAGGCUCCGCCAAGCUGAUGUUACGGUUAAGUACAUACGUUGGUGGAAACAGUCUGUUACAACGCUACAGUCCAUGGCUAAGAGAAGUAGUACUCAUACACUUCUGAAAGAGAAACCCACAGGGGAAACAACAACAACAACAACAAUGGUCAAAUCUUCUCCUCCAAGAACCUCAAAAACAUUAGGAGCAAAAGCAGAGUUGAAAGGAGGGACUUCAAAGACUUUGAAUGAUAAAAGCAAUGGAAGUAGCUCUGAUAAGAGUCUCACAGGUUCAGAGAAAGCGGAUAAGAAAUCGAAGCCUUUGAAAAGGACUGAAUGGGUCAAGAAACCAGUGUCUGGGUCGACAAAGAGUCCAGGAAGAUCAGUGGAUGAAGUCAAAGGACAAAGGGACUCGCAGGAGAUAAAGGGUCAUAGCCAUGUAAAGUUUCUACUUCCCGGCUCGUCUGGUAUCUCACCUCAGACUCAUCAUCACUCACUCCCUCAAAAGCAAAACUCUAAAACUUCUCCUUUAGUAAGACCAAAAGCAUUACCUUCUUUUCCCAAGGAAGAGAAGAAAUACAUUAAGAAGUCACCAAGACCACAAGCUUCGAAAGGACCAAAUGAUUCAUCUUCUUCUUCUGGCUCUCCUUCUUUGACAAGCAAGAAGUCACCAAAAAUAUCCCCACAAACUAGUAGCUCGCAUCGGAUUUCACCAUCUAAAGCCACUCCUGAUAUUAAGAGAAAUGUUGUUGAUCACCGAAUCAAAGCUCAUCCCAAACCAGAAUCUUCAGAAGAAACCUUAUUUGGCAGCAAAGGAGGAAGUGAAGCGAUGAUGAAUGCGUUGAAGCUUCUGAGUGAGGUAGUGAAAUUGAAGGAGCACGUGGGCGAAGGAGGUGAAGUGAUGUAUCAAAUACCAAAACAACAAUUCGAAGUUUUGAGCCAAGGAGUGAAAGAUGUUCUACACGAGUUGCAGUCUAUUAAAUCCGCAUUGAACAUCGAUAGAUCAUCAUUACUCUAAGAUUUACAUCCAAGAACAUGACUGGUUAUCCAUAUGAUUUUACAUCUGAACCCCUUUUCUUUAAUUGUUCCUUACCUCACUGAUCUCAGAAUCUUCAAAUAUUUUAUUCAGUUAAGAGAAACUAAUAUGGUCUACAUACCAAACCUAAGAAAAAAACCAUUCAUCCUUCUAAGUUCCUUUACACAUAACAUAAGACAUCACUGGAAGAUCUUUCCUGCGUUUCCCUCUCUACUGCUAUCUUUCUUAGUGAUCUUCGAUUUCACCUUUGAUUUGUUUCUCUUAUCACCGAUUGCAUUUCUGCUAGAGUCAUCAUCCCUUCAUCUUCUUCAGCCAACUUCUCAGAUGCAUUUAAAACUUCUCACUCGCCCUUCUCAGACAUUCACCCAUCCUCACCAAAGCAUUUCUUCCUCCUACUGUGAGUAUUGAUCUUGAAAGUACGAGCUCAAUUUUCACUUCCAUCUCUAGUUAUCUACCUUCUUCUUCCUUUUCAACUUCCUGUGCCUCAAAACUCUUCUUGCAACUAGGACACAUCAAAUUGCGCCCCAAAUACUUCCUAUCAAACUUAAAAGCCUCAUUCACAAGCUUGAAUCCUUCCUCGCUCAGAACUUAAAAGCCUCUUCCAAAGAUCAUCCCAAACACCAAAGCUAGCUUCUUCCUAAACUGUUGUUUUAUGGAAUUGAUGUGAAUGUGAAAGAAAGGCUCUACCUUUAGAAUUUUGUACCAUUCCGGCGUGUCUCCGGCGGCGGAGCUGAUGAUCUCGAAAGCGGGUUUUUGGUAUACUGCUUCAUUUUCAGUAUCUGGGUCUGACCAUGAAGCUGCCAUUGCUGUGUUAUGCAGAUUCGGAGACACAAGACAGACGCUACAUUUUCUCUUCCCUUCAUCCUAAAUCUUACUUGGUAUUUCUCAC